AUCGACAAGGGGCCUCUGGUGUGACGGUAAGACGGAGCCACUCGACAGACUCAUGAACUUUUUAAAUGUAACGACGCUCGUCGUCCGGGACACUUUACAGGCGGCCAUCAUCAAGAACGUGAUCACUGUGGUUCUCUGCAUCUCCAUCAACUACAUCAACGGCACCCUGGUGCACACGUUCACAAAACACCAGGUUUUCAACAUGAACCCUCGCUACAUCCUGUACAUCCAUCUGGUGAUCAACGAUAUCGUCCUCCUGACCAUGUUCACCCUCCUUCAUGUGCUGAGUUACAUCGUGUUCACUCUCAAUGUCUCCUUCUGUACAGUUCUGUUGCUUAUGGGUAUGUGUGCAAGCAUCAACAAUCCUCUGACGCUCGCCGUCAUGGCCGUAGAGUGUUACGUCGCCAUAUGCUUCCCGCUCCGACACUCUAGGAUCUGUACAGUCAAGAAAACGUACGCUGUGAUCGGACUGAUAUGGAUGCUGAGUUCACUCGUAGUCUUCCCAGACUUAUUUGUCACACUGGCCACAGAAUCCACGGAAUUCUUUCAUUCUAGAGUUUUCUGCUUUCUAACAAACAUUUUCAGACAUCCUUAUAUUAGAGAGAAGAGAGACAUUGUCAACCAAGUAUUUCUGGUCAGUGUUUGGAUCGUUCUAUUCUACACAUAUUUUAGGAUCCUCACCACUGCAAAGGCAGCUGCUACAGAUGCCAAGAAGGCGAGGAACACUGUCCUCCUCCACGGCUUCCAGCUGCUGCUGUGUAUGCUCACCUAUGUGCAUUAUUUAGCCAUUGAAGGCCUGACAUCCUUGUUCCCAAAAGCAGGUCUGGCCAUUCGCUUUGCCGUCUCAAUAUUUAUUCACGUUCUUCCACGACUCAUCAGUCCGGUGGUUUACGGGCUGCGAGACAAGACUUUCAGAAAGUACCUGAAAAAUGAUCUGUUCUGUUCAACAUGUGCUGACACUAAACAACACAAAAGACGGAAAAUAAAUCCUAAAAGGACUUUAUGAAGUCAUGUUGUAGUUGCUCCUGCUAUGUUGGCACAUGUAUUUUGAAAAUAGAAAAAAAAAUACGAUAUAAUAAACAAUUCAAUUGUUUUGUUUGGUGUGUUUAGUUUACAGUGUAACGAAAGUAUCGCUGGAAGCAGUUCUCAUCCAUACGGAGCUCAGGAAGUUUAUGGUGAAACUCACAUGCAGACGUUUCCACAACAGAUGAAAAGAAAAUGUUUAUUACUUUUGUCUUUAGGCCAAAACACGCCGACCGCCGCAAUUGGCAUUGUUGGUGAUGCACAAAAAUGCAUCCUGUGUGAACGCAGCAUUAGAGCUCCUGCUUUAGCCAAUGCCAUGUUGUUGUUUGUUCUUUUCCGGCAACAGAAUGUUGUCUCCUUCUACUUCCGGGUCAAAGAUCGGGAAGGAACAUGCAAGAGUAGUCAGAGAUUGAAUUGAAUAUAGGUAUGGUAGUCCAACUAAGAAUGGUUCCAUUUUACUCAGACUAACAUGUUUACCUAACAUGACAACUGAACUAUUGUCUUCGUUUGACUAAAAUCUGACUUUUAUUGUGCAUGUAAUCAGUCUUUAAAAACAUGCGCUGAUAUGGCCUGGUAAAAAUUAAUGUGGUUAAAAUGUGACGUAUAUUAACGACAUUAAUGAAAAGUCACCCCGUAAGAAGAUAGGAGGUUAAUAAGAUGUUCGCGGAGCUUUCUUUUCAUCGCUGGCGUCAUGUCAUCAUCUCAGAAGUAACUACUGUGUCUGCUCGCCUCAAGGAGUCCAGUUUUUCUCAUGUCCUGCUUUCUUUUGGCUGCUAAAUAAUCCAUCCGUUUGUUGUUCAUAAACUCCGGAGAAAUGUUGCGACGAUGAUGUCCGCUAGCUUAAAUGCCAGCGCAUUAGCGGUAAAGUCCACUAGCUUAAAUGCUAACAUGUUAGCGAUAAAUUCCGCUAGCAUAGCAGAAGUGAGAUUGGCGUUGGCAUGACCAGAAGCCUCUGUCUUUGUUAAGUACAGCCAAAGAUUUGCGCUUUAACAGCCAUAAUUUAGUCCAUCUUCAUUCAACAGUAACACACACAGCUUCUCAAAGCAGCAGUUACAGUGAGCGGCUGCGUAUUAAGUAGCCAUGUGUUUCCUCUGAUGAGCAGCCGAUUACACCCUGACUAGGAAUCGUUUCACAGCGAUUACACCAACCCUAAAACAAAUCUAAAAGUUUAUGGUUUUAAGAUCUUCUUUGAAACUUCAACU